AUGUUUUGUGGUUUGAAUCAACGUUUUAAUCGAAUUCUUGUCGAUCGACGUUUACAUCUCUUCACUGAUUUUUUAUGUAUCAACAAUCGACAACUCACCUUUAAUUAUUAUUAUGAUACUCCAUCAAUUCAUACGUUAUCGAAACAAUUAUACUCGUUACAAGGUAAUAAUCAUAUACACCAAAUUGAUCAAUGUUUUCAAAGAUUAGUCAGCUUUCAUAUUGAAGAAAAAUCUCGUCAACUCGAAGAUCAAUUUCGAUCUGAUAGAGAACAAUUCCGUUUGAUACGUUAUAAUCUCGCCGAUGAAGAAAUUCACUCUCGAGAUGCAGCAUUAAAGGAAGCCUUCAAUAAUUUAGAAUCACAUUCACACAAUUCUCAAUAUCUUCAACAAGCCGUGGAUCUUGUUGUUGGUACUGGCGCUCGUCUCGAAUGUAGUGAUAAUCAUCUAGACGGAUACAACUUGGCUAAAGCACUCAAUGAAUAUCUAUUAUCUCAUCUCUAUACCGUUGGAUAUCCGAAUGGAUUAUGUCUUCAUUCAAUUUUGAGAUUAUUCAAAGCAUUGAUCGUUUCCAAUCCAAAUCUAGUCUACAAUAAAGACUGUGUGCGUAACAGUGUUUAUCCCAUGUAUUACUUUCUCGUUUAUGCAGUCUUUCGACUACAACACUUCUAUCGUAAUUUACGACCAAUGGCGAUAAUCUACAAUUCUCAGCAAAGUGAUUGGUCAACACCGUCAUUUCCACUGGUAGUUUCUGGAAAUAUACAAAAUACUUCUACCGACAAUCCCGACCUGACCCGUGUCGUUCAAGGUCAUUCUACAAUUUAUUCAAAAACAAAAUCGAACUUAUCAUGCAAACUAUUGCAAUGGUGGUCAUCAAUACCAUCACUUUUACAAGGUAUGAUAUUAGGAGUAUCAGUUGGUUGUAUAAUAUUAGCUAUUAUAUUACCGCUAUGGCUGAUACAGCCAUCAAAAACAACAACAGUAACACCAGUAAACAAGCCUAUUCUACGUUGGAAUACUACAGGAAUUACAGUCGCUGGUUAUGGAAGUGUAAGUGGUACUAGUUCUUAUUAUUUAAAUACACCCUGGGAUGUAGCAUUAGAUUGGUCUAAUACCCUUUAUGUAUCUGAUCGAUACAAUCAUCGAAUACAAAAAUUUCUGAUGAAUACAAAGAACGGAACGACAGUAGCAGGUCAAAUGAAUGCAACUAGUGGUGCAACGAUGGAUGAGCUUAAUCAACCAACGGGUAUUUAUCUUGACAUAAAUGGCAAUAUCUUCAUAUCGGACACAGUUAAUAAUCGAAUUCAAUAUUGGUCUAAUGGAGCUGUGACGGGUCAAACACUCAUUGGGAAUGGUAUUAUCGGAUCUCAAAAUAAUUUGUUGUAUAAUCCUUAUGGAAUAUGGUCUGACGCAAGCGCAGGCAUAAUUUACGUAGCCGAUAGUUAUAAUCAGCGAAUUAUGCGUUAUAAAAACAAUUCACAAUCUGGUGAUAUUAUUGCAGGUGGUAAUGGAUUUGGAUAUGGCUCUACACAAUUAGGAUUUCCUUACGCUUUUCAUUUUGAUUCAUUUUCAAACAGUCUUUUAAUUGCUAAUGGGGGUAGUCAUAAUAUUGUUCGUUGGAUUAUAGGUGCAAGCAAUUGGACUAUUGUCACUGGUAGUAUGAAUGGAGCCUCCGGCAAUAAUGCUACAUUGUUAAAUGUCCCUACUGAUAUAACUCUCGAUCCAAUGGGUAACAUGUAUGUAGCAGAUAUGUUUAAUCAUCGAAUACAGUUUUUCUUAUCUGGUCAAUCAAAUGCUGUGACCAUUGCGGGUACGGGUGUGGGUGGUUCUACAUCUACUGAACUGUAUUAUCCUUCUUCAUUAACAUUAGAUAGUCAGCUUAAUUUAUAUGUUGUUGAUCAGAAUAAUCAUCGAAUACAAAAAUUUGUACGCUAUUAA